AUGAGUAAAAGAAAAGAAAUAGAGAAUGAUAAAGAUGAUGAGCAGAGAGAGAAACAAUAUACAAAAGAAGAGUUGGAGAGAUUGUAUAAACAAGAUUUGUACGAGAUAUGCUUAAAGAGAAAGAUUGGAGUUGGAGAAGCAAUCACAACUAUAGAUGACCUGAUAAAGAGAAUAUUAGAACAACAACAACAACAACAACAAGAGGAAGAGGAGAUUACAACAACAACAAUAGCAAAUACAAUAAAUGAUGAUGAUGAUGAUGAUAAAACAUUGGAGUAUGGAUAUACACUACUACCAUGGAGAAUCAUCAAGAGAAUAUUAGUGUUGGUAUACAACGACUCAAACAUUUGUACAUGUGUCUACAGUGAUAGAUUAAAAGAUCUUGUUUUGGAACGUGACGAGUAUGCCUUGAAAAAAGGAGUUAGAACAUUUACAUACAUACAAAUGCAACCACAAAUCAAACAACAAUCACCUAGUCGACAAGAUAUGUGUCCUACUCAUCAAUACUACUACGAUAUGGGUUACACACCAUCAAUCAACUUUGGCAACACUAGUAACCAGAAAGACGACAGUAAAAGAUGGAAACGAGAGUCAUUGGCAUUGGUAUCAAAGAGAGUAUUUGAGUUGGUGUCGACCACUCUCUACACUGACAUUGUCAUGCGACCGACCGAGGAAAUGUGGAAUCAUAUCAACAACAAAUAUUGUAUCGUCAAGAGACCUACCACUUUGACCGUCCUAGACAACCCUCAUAGUACAAAUUACCUAAUGUCUGACGAUCAAACCAAACCGUCGAGGGAUCUAUUCAGUCAAGUACAAAAGAUCAACAUCAAGGGAAAAUACCUCACAAAAAGCGUUGACAAAAUAAUACCAAAACUCUUACCCAACCUAACGAGUAUUAUACUGGAUCGUAAAGUCAAACCACCUGUCGUCAAUGCACUGCUCACCAGUUUUAACAACUUGACAUCCAUCACUCUUUCAAAGACUUUUUUCUCAAACAAACAUCUUUUUGGUGAUGGUCCAAAGGUUAAAUAUGCAACAUUACUCCAGCCUGGUACAUCAAUCACCAAGAUCGUUCUUCCCACCCACUUUGAUUGGAAUACAUUGGAUGCUCGAGUCAAGAUGAAUCUUAGGGUCGUGUCGGUGCAUCAUCAUUACGAAACGGGGUAUCCCGAGCUCAAACAAGAAGAUUUCCCUCAACUCGAGCACAUCCACAUUGAGGAAGGCGCCAAAAAGAAAUCAAAGCAGCCCGUCGUACCAGAAACAGUUUGGAAAUUCACACUCAUUGCAAAUAAUUACCGAAAACAGGGUACAUGGUUUACCAAUAUGCCAGAUGCGUCAGAAACUCACGAUACUCAGGGUCCAUGGCCAAUUACCAAUAUGCCACAUGCCAAAGUGCUCAGAUUUAAAGGUUACAAAUAUGCUCUUACAAAAAAUCAUCAUAUGAAGAAUUACUUUGGCUUGGAUCAAUCAAUCAUUUCCAAAAUUAUUGUAUAUUCACCAAACGAUAUUGUAGACAGUCAAGUCACUCGGUUUAAAGAAAUUGGAUUCCAAUACACUGGUUCAACAUUGAAAGGUCAUUCUUUAAAAAAAUUAUCUUUUAAAUUAAUUGACAAAAAUAAUAAUAAUAGUAACAGUAUUUUGGAGAGUAAUAAUAAUAAUAAUAAUAAUAGUAUAUUGGAUAGUAGUUAUAAUAAUGGUAAUUCAAGAAUAUUUCCAAAUUAUAUAAUACGUAAAAUUAUUGGAAUGGUUUGGUAUGCGAGAAAUAGAUGUACAUGUAUUUAUGGAAAGGAUUAUUUGUAUAGAAUAGAACAACAAGGUUUGAAAUCAUUGGAGGACCAAGAAAUGAUCGAACAAUAUUUCCAAGUUAAAAAUCAAUGUGCAGUUCAUUUUUCAACAACCAAACCAUUUACACCACUCUAUCACACAAUGGUUGAGUCAAAUAGAUCAAGAUUACAAUUGACACUCAUAUCCAAAGAUAUAUUUGAAUAUAUCGCCUUCAACUUUUUCAACAAUAUCUCCUCCUCUUACAUAUAUCCUCCUCGUAAUAGUAAAUACAGUGUAUUGAAAACAAUUCAAUCCAUUACUUGUUUCAAUGCCGAGCAACCACAAGUACAACCUGCAGAUAGAAACAAUGUCACAAGAAUUAUAGCUCCUUUGAUUUCAUAUUGUGAAUCUAUUCCAAUGUUCCGUUCCUUGUCGGUACUAGAUAUGAGGGAUACGGUAUUUGCAUAUGGACAUUGGAGAGCUAGCGAAGUUUUAAGACUUUGUUCGUCUUUAAAUGGACUACCAAUCACCAAACUAUACCUCUCUUCUAUCCAUAAUGGUCCAGAGAACUACGCGGCUCUACCAAACAACGUCAAACAGUCUCUCCGAUCAAUCUCUGUCAAUUUCUCUUUAAAGAAACCUUAUCGCUUGGAUGAAUAUCCAAACUUGACAAGCUUGGACAUUACCGUUUCGUCCUUGGGAUUUACAUUAUUCCAACUGCCAAACACAAUCACAAAAAUUAUUUCAAAAAGAGAACGAACUAUCGAAUUCCUCCCUCUCAAUACAUCAGUUGCUACAUUCAAGUUGUACGCUGAUGGUAAGAUCAACGACGACAAAAAUCCUAUUGACAUUUUAAAACAACUUUCACCAAUCAAACAUGUCACAACAGCCAUCGUGCAAAUCAAAUCACCACCAUCCGAAUCACGAUUAUCGUUUUUAAAUGGACCAGACUUCAAUCUAUGUGCCAGUGUAUCCAAACCACCUACUUGUUUUGAAGAGAAAGUUAUUCAACUUGCAAUCAUGAUUCUCAGUUUGCAAAAGUAUUUCAGGAUGAUCAUUAAUAUACUAAAGAGACAACAAGACGAGAGAAGUUUACACAUGCUUGUGUAUAUACUUGUUACAUAUUAUGAACCAUUGGCGCCAUUCAUACAUUGUCUGAUACAGCCACUAUGCAAGUGCUUGGAAAUGGGUGUCAACACUAUAAUAGUUUCCGAUGAAAUAUUGCCUGCCUGUAUGAAGCUGUGCAAUCAAGCACUCGAGGGUAUCGACAAGACAAUCGAGGAGUUUGGCAAGGUACUCGACUCGGUCAUCAUUAAAUAUUUUAAUGUCGACCUGCAAGACACUGCUCGUUUCUUUGACAUUGGAACAACAAUCAUUAGAACAAUGGAAAAUGACACUUCUACAUCAGAAGAUUCAGGCAAAAAAGAAGCAAUAUCAAGUAUUGGAAAAAUCAUCAGAUAUGCCAACAACACUAUCGAUAUUAUUCCAAGAUGGUUGAAUCAUCUUCCAAUACCAUACAUGUACAGGAGAGAGACUGUUAUUGAAGACCUGUGUGCGAUUGUCAAUCUCUACACCAACCAAUGUUUAGGUAAAGAUUACCAACAUGUUGCUCAACUCUAUAAAAUCAUCGAUCACUAUAAACAAAGAACAGUCAAAAAGAGUCAUAUACAUUUUGAACUACUCGACCAAACGUGGACAUUUAUCAAAGAUACAUUAGAAUCAAAUUGGGACACUAUUCCAUCAGAUCAGAGAGAUUCACUCUCAUACUAUUAUAAGCAACAAUAA